UGAAAGAACGCGUUAUUCCGCCUCUCCAUCAGCAGGUUAUUAACACACAACCAAUGUGAGCAGAUACACUUAAGAAUAAUGACUUGAACCUAUUGGGAAACCUUUGGCACGGUGAUAUUUUGGAGAGGUUUUUAGUGAUGGCUCUGUCUCAGAUUCAGUGUCUAAAUGAGCACCAUGUUAAUUUACGCACGAACGAGUCCAAGCCGGAGUUCCUGUACAGUGAGGCGCAGAGGCUGGCGCUGGAGAGGCUGCUAGAUGGAGGUCCGGACAGCUUUCAGGAGUUCAUUAGGAUCAACCGGAUUCGGUCAUUUUUGUCCGACCCGGAGCUCGCUCAGCUGUACGCCUCCGUGGAACCCUACUGUCCGGAUUUACCCGUUUACGCAGCCGGUUUGGACGGGGACGGUACCGGGACGCACGUGUCCCUCCAGUACUGGCCGGAGCGCUCUGAUGACUCUCUCCCGCACCUGGAGCUCGGCUGGCCUCAGCGCGCGAGCUACCGUGGAGUGACCCGCGUCGCCGUGCACGCGCACCCGCCUUUAGAAGGUGAGGAGCAUAUUAAAGAGGUCAUCAGGAAAACCAUAGCACGUGCACAAAAGGUCAUUGCUGUGGUCAUGGAUUUCUUUACAGAUGUGGACAUCUUUAACGAUCUCUUGCACGCGAGCUUCAAGCGUAAUGUAGCUGUAUACAUCAUACUGGAUGUUACUGGGGUUCCACACUUUCUGAAAAUGUGUGAGAGUGCCUCAAUGCACACAGGACACCUCAAGAACUUGAGAGUGCGGAGUAUCAGAGGAACUGGCUUUUUCACUCACUCAUCCAAGAAAGUAUAUGGGAGCCAAAGUCAGAAAUUCAUGUUUGUUGAUGGAGACAAAGCCGUUUCAGGAUCCUACAGUUUCACGUGGACUGCCUCGAGAUUAGACAGGAGCAUCGUUACUGUGCUCACAGGCCAGGCUGUGGACUUGUUUGACCAUCUGUUCCAAGACCUGUAUAUGAUGUCUAAUGCCAUUGAUUUGAACACGAUUAAUCUUGAGAAAGAGCAAAAGCUAGAACCCAUCUCUAAAGCAGAACCUGCUCUGGAGCCCACAAACACCCUAGCCCUCAAACUCAUCAACCCCAAAUAUGCUCUAGUCUCUGGCAAUGCUGCUGUCAGCAGCAAUCAUAUGACUUCUGAGACAUACACAGCCAAGAGUAACAGCAUUAAACAAAUGAAGGAAGUGUCAGAAGGUCCAUACAUUCACCCUGGACUGCUCCACCUAGAAAAAGCUAACAUGUUUGACUACCUGCCAGUUUGGCCUGAACCAGAUCCACCAAGUGAUGUUAUUGGCUUCAUUAAUAUAAGGGACUAUAAUAAACCCCUACAAGCUCACCUCACACAUUCAGAGAUUUUUGAGGUCAGUCAAGCCAUCCGAUUUAAAGACCCGAUCCACAGGCCACAAGAGUCUCUGUCUGAGAAAUUUUGUCCAAGCACCACCUCUCAAAAUGCUGCUUCACCUAAUGAGCAGCCCCAAAAUAAACUGGAGGGAAAGAACAAGCAGUGCAAUUAUCCUCAGCAGAUUCUUCCACCUAGCGGUCUGAAAAAACAGGUUGUGGGUCUGUCCUCUAUUCCAAAUCUUACACCAGCUGAGAGUAGCAAGCAGGAUGAGAAAAAUUCACCUGUGGUGGAUGUUAUGGAAAAGCAUGUCUUUUCCCAACAGAGAGAAAAAUUGGAUGCUGAGAAUAUCUGCACUAGUGCUGACCCACGUAAAGAUUCUCAAAUAUCACAGAAUCCAGCAAUUGAGAAUAUAACACCAUUUGGCAGUGUUAGAUGUAAUACAGUAGCAACUACGUCAGACAAAAUAAUCUGUGAGAAUAUUGCGGAAACCAACAGUAAUAAAGAUUUCCAAGACGAUCGGUGGAACAUACAUAAACUCAUAGAACCAGAUGAACAUAAAACAGAUCAUGUAGACUGCACAGUACAUAAAGGAAAGAGCAUCUAUUCUGACUCCAGGUCUUCUUUUUCAUCAGAGGAGUACUUCGAUUGCAGGGAGAGUGUGAGUGUUAAUUCUGAGAAUGUAGGGAUGUUUAACAGGAUCCAAGCUGUCUUCAGGUUCCCAGACGAGCCAAACAAUGCCGCAGAAUCCUUGUCCUCAUUAAUGUCUGGCUCAUGUAAAAAUACAUCAAUCCAUGAGGCUCUAAAAGAAACAGAAGAUUCUAACCUUAAGUGUCCAUCACCAGAAGAGCGUAAUGUCCAACACAUAACCGGGGUGACAGUCGAUUUAGAGUUUACGUCAAUGAAUGGAGGAAAAAGUUUGUCUGAAUCUGUUUCUAUUGUCAAAAAACAUCUAAUACAGGAAACAGAUUGUAGCUCAGAGCAAGGAACUGACAGCAAACUUCUACACCAAUUUCAGUCUGAUACACAAGUAGCACCUGAUAAAAAUACAGAAUGUCUACAGAGGUGUGAAUCGUAUUCAGCAGUAAAUCAUAUAUUUGACACGCAACCCGUAGAAAAUAACAACAGCGCUGAAUCACAGCUAUUAGUAAACAUGUUGUUGCUGAAGGAUAACGUAGCUGCACCUUAUGUGACAGUGCAGAAAACAGCAGAGGCACAGUGCAUCGUGUUUUCCGACACGAGAUUAAAGCCAGAAAUUGACUCAGGAUUCAAUUACACAUAUAACCUCAAAUCAGUGCUUGAUGACACACACUCGACACCACAAUCAAAACCAGCAUCUCUAAACACUGGUUUACAGAAAGGAAAUACCCCAAGUACUGAAAGAAUUCAUAAAGAAGAUUGCAAAAUGUCUUUUCAAAUAAAACCAUUGAUCGCAGGGGAGUCAACCACUGUGCAGGCCGUAGAGGACAAAGACACGGACAACUCCAUUUCAGAACCAAAGGACAGUCCAACAGCCCGAACUAUGGAUAAAGAAAAGCAGCUAAGCCCAAAGAUACUGACUGGCUUUAAGGUUGUACACUUCAGUGUUGAUAUCUAUCCUCUGAAAAGGAAGACAUUAGAACAUCUGUGUGUGCAGCAAGAAAGUAAGAAGCAGCCUGAGGUAAAACCCAAGAUGGAGAGAAAUAUCCGGAUGCCACAUCGGGUCUCGCCUCAACCCAAACCUUUUCCAGCACAUGAAGUCAAACUCAGUUCAACCAAAGCAUCUGUUACCAAACUCCACAGCAGAAAUAAUCUUACUCCACCUGCCGUAUCUACACCAGGAGUUCAAAAUAAUCUACCUGGAAGGCUGUGGGGUGAAAGCAGGGUUACUAAUGAUCUUCAUGCAACUCCUGCCAAGCUUCCUAGGAGACACACGGUUCCCAUUAGGUCAAACCAAACUCGGCUCAGAGCCGUGCAGACAGAUCUGUCAGCAGACCAUCGCUGUUCUUCUCAAAAACAGCCUCGGGCUCAACAGGAUAGAAUGAGGUUCAACCAAUUACAUCAGUCAAGCUUCAGGCAGCGUUCGGCGUCAACCACAGAAGAAAGGUCUACUUUUAGAGGAACAUUGUUUCCAAGAACCUUGAAAGAGGGAAUUACUGACUCCACUUCUCAAACGAAUCAGAAAAAAACUAUUAAAGUAAAAGAUAAAAAGUGAAAACGUUGCAGAGGGCUUCUAAAAUGUGUUCUUCAGAGAGAGAGAGAGAGAGAGAGAGAGAGAGAGAAUAUACCAGGUGAAGAUACUUACCAAGGGUUGGAUAUAUUAUCAGGCAGCAAGUGUGUCGGAAGCAGGAAACACAGGAAUGCGUAAGGAUAAGUGUGACUUUGACAAGAGCCGCCUCUGCCUUGUGUGUGUGUGUGGAGUUUGCAUGUUCUCCCUGUGCCUCGGGGGUUUCCUCCGGGUACUCCGGUUUCCUCCCCCGGUCCAAAGACAUGCAUGGUAGGUUGAUUGGAAAAUCUCUGGAAAAUUGUCCGUAGUGUGUGAUUGCGUGAGUGAAUGAGAGUGUGUGUGUGUGCCCUGCGAUGGGUUGGCACUCCAUCCAGGGUGUAUCCUGCCUUGAUGCCCGAUGACGCCUGAGGCUCCCCGUGACCCGGGAAUAGUUCGGAUAAGCGGUAGAAAAUGAGUGAGUGAGUGAGUAUCUGGUUAUUAAUGGUCCAAGGUUGCCUGGUCUGAUGAAUUACAUUUUCUUUCACAUCAUGUGAAUGUCUUGUUGUGUGUCUGGGGAAGAGAUGGCUCUAUUAUGUACUAUGGGAAGAAGACAAGCCAAACCUUAAGUGGGAAACCUUAAGUCCUGGCAUUUAUGUGGAGGUUGUUUUGACACCAACCAUCUACCUAAAGAUUGUUACAAAGCAAGUACUCACCUUUGUGGAUGUUCCCUAAUGGCAGUGUUUUCUUUCAGCAGUAUAAUGCUUCCUGCCAUGUUUGAGGAACAUGAGUUCAAGGAUGAUGACUUGGUCUCUAAAUUCCCCAAACCACAGUCUGAUCAAGCCUCACCUUGUAAUUUGGAGAUUUUGCUGCUAACAUUUCAAUGCCAGAUACCACAAGACACCUUCAGAGUUCUUGUAGAGUCCAUGACUUGUUAGCUCAGAGCUGUUUUGGUGACACCUACAUAAUAUUAGGCAGAAGGUUUUCAAUGUUACAGUUGAUUAGUUUAAGUCUUAUUUUAAGUGUGAGACAUGAGAAAACUAACGACGUUCAUUGCUUCAUGUUUGCCUCAGUGAACUCAUCGUAGAAUCUUUUCCUCCAUCUCUGAUGCAGCAGGUUUUUACAGUAAUUCCUGGACAGCUGGUGAUUCGGAAGAUUUAAGAAAAAACAAGUGAUUUACUAGCCUCAACAUAAUUUUGAUAAAUGUGAUUAAGAUUAGUAGCAACGGGGAAAGAUGAUUUUGUUGUUGUUGUUGUUGUAUUUAACAGCCCUUGGUGUUAAAAGCUUAAAUAUUCCAUAAGUUUGAAAUGAUGCAGUUUAUAAUAUACAGGAAAAAACUUUAACAGUAUUUGUUUACAACAGUCCCUUAUUUAUAUCUUUAUUAUUUACUUACAAACUUAAUUUAACACAUGAAAAGGUUUAAGGUUCGCAAUGCUCUAUGUCUUAAAUGGGAAAGCAAGGUAAGAGGUAAUGAGCUCACACUGAAUGCCUGUUUAUUGUCUAAAAAGCACCACUUACAAUAUUGAGCACUUGGUGGAUCACAUUCUGAUGCAUUGAAAUCCACAUCAUAAAUGCAGUUUUUAAAAAAAGACUCAGACUCAGAGUCUUUGCGCUGACCAUGCAGUUCUCCAAGCAGUGGAAAAUGCUAGAAGUCUAAAGAGGCUUCAUGUUUUCAGGCUGUUUUAAGAAGUAUUUAUUGAGACAUGCUCUCAGUAUAGCCUUCACAAUCUGUUUAUGCUUAUGCAGUAAGUGAAUGUGUUAUAUCAGUGUCAGGAGGCAAACUGUAGCUGUACAGAAAGGGUAAAGGUGUGUUUCUUAGCAUGGAAGAUUCAGAAUGACACACAAGGAACUGUAUAAGAAACAGGCAUGCAACAAACAAGAAGACGAGUAAGAACAAACAAAAAGAAACAGUGCGUGCGAUAUUAAUUUUUCAACUUUUUCAGUAAGUUGCAGAGCAUGAUUACUUUACUGACCGAUUCUUGUGAAGUUACUAAAAAUAAAAUGUAUAAAAAAUAAAAAUAAAAUGGGAAGAUUCUCAAUAAAUAAGAAGACACAGACGAGACCAUUGUUAUUAAGUUUUGAGGGAGAUGUGCUUUUAAAACUCGCUUAUUAAGUGCUUUUUUGUUUAAAUAAAGACAGUCGAAAUGUG